AUGGACAACACUACUAAUCACGCCAUUCAUGAUACAGGUGAUAACUCUUGGAUGAUGAUAUCUACUGCAUUAGUUUUACUUAUGACACCGGCAGUAGCUUUUUUCUAUGGUGGUCUUGUUGAUAGAAAAAAUGUUUUAAAUCAACUUUUUCUUUCAUUUAUUUGUAUGGGUAUUGUAUUUUUACAAUGGGUUUUAUUUGGUUUUUCAUUUGCUUUUGGUCCUCCAAUUAGCGCUGGUUUCGGAUCAUUUCGAUGGGCGAUGUUACGAUUUGGUGAAUAUACUAAUGAUAUCUAUAGUCCAACAUAUCCAUUAUUAACAUUUGCUGCAUAUCACGGUGCAUUUGCUAUUAUAACACCAGCUCUUAUUUCUGGUGCAAUUGUUGGUCGAAUGAAAUUAGUUCCUUAUAUGAUAUUUAUUUUUUUAUGGACAACUAUUUGUUAUGAUCCAAUGGCUAAUUGGGUAUGGGGUACUAAGGGUUGGUUAAAACACUUGGGUACACUUGAUUUUGCUGGUGGAACAGUAGUCCAUAUCUUAUCUGGUGUAUCUGGUCUUGUAGCAGCAGGUAUUCUUGGUAAACGAUCUGAUUAUGAUCCACACAGUACUGUAGAUCAUAAUCUUCCAUUUACACUGUUGGGCACCUGUUUAUUAUGGGUCGGGUGGUCAGGAUUCAAUGGAGGUUCAGCUAAUGGUGCAGAUGGUUUAGCUGCUCUUGCUUUAGUCAAUACACAUGCAGCAGCUGCUACUGGAUUAGUGACAUGGGUAGUUCUCGAUGCUAUUCGUGGUCAUAUAUCUAUUUCAGGUGCUUGCAUUGGUCCAAUAGUAGGUCUUGUAGGUGUGACACCAGCAUGUGGAUUCGUUCAACCUGGAUGGGCAAUACUUAUGGCUUCUAUUACAGCAUCUCUCGUCUACUUUCUUCUAUUAAACAAACAUCGCAUGUUUUUUGAUGAUGCAUUAGAUGUUGCUAUUGUUCAUGGAUGUGGAGGUAUAAUAGGUGCAGUUUUAACCGGUUUAUUUCCUGAAAAAUGGGUAAAUUCAAGAGACGGCGUUGAUGGUGCUUUUUAUGGACGACCAAUUCAAUUGUGGUAUCAAAUUGCUGGCGUUCUUACUGCCAUUGCUUUUGCUAGUGUAUGCACAGCUGGUAUUCUCUAUCCUUUGGAUUGGAUAAUGGGUAUUCGUUUAGCCAAAGAAGAUGAACUUCAAGGACUCGAUCUAACAGCGCAUGGUGAAAGCUGGCAAGUCACUGCAUCAAGAACUGUUAGUGAUCUUGUGCGAAAAAUUCUCGACGAAGAAGGUGUUUCGAAAGAAGAAGCUGAGGAUGCUGGAACUUUGGAAUUACAUUACAAUCCUAAAAAUCCAAAUAAAAAGCCAUUUAAAAUUCCUCUGUUUAAACGAAUAAUGUCACGCAAUUUUCAAUCGAAUAUUGAUUCAAUAAGUAGCAAUGAAAUAGAACAAAAUCAUAACACUGCAAAGCUUGAUGACGAUGAAACUCAUACACAAGCAAAUAAUACACAUAUUAUUCACUUUUAA